AUGGAUGAGUCCCAGAAGAAAUUCAACCAGAAGCACGAUACAAGAUCCCGAAAAGUAAGAUUCAAAAUUUCCUCAGCCUACAGUGGUCGAGUCUUAAAACAAGUGUAUGAAGAUGGACAAGAGCUUGAAAUCCCAGCAGAAGACUGCUCUCAUAGUUGUCAGUCCUGGAAUUCUAAACCCCGAGACAAUUUAUUGGAGAUUAGAGAAAACCCAGAACACAGCUUUUGUCCAUCAGCUAAACUGAAUGCCCAGAGGAUCAGUGUAUUCAGAGAAGGGAACAAAUAUACCCUCACAAGUAACUCUUCCCUUCUAAAUGACUACAAGGCUGAUGGUCAUAAUCAUCCCCGCAUUUUAGAUUUUGGGAAGAUUAUCAUCUAUACCAGCAAUCUAAAAAUAAUCCGGACACCCCUGAGCAAGAAAGAGCUAAUACAAAGAAUCAUGCAAAACAAAGGUGUUGAUGAUUGCUCCUUCAUGCACUCUGAAGGAGGAGGAAGAAGUAGCAGCAAUCAGAGCAAUGGAAACAUAAAUGGUGAUGAAACUGAGUCAGGCCACAACCAACAUGUUUGGGAAGGCGAUGAGAAGAACAGCUGCUCACAGUGCAAAGGAUCGGGCUCUGCUCCCUGUGCUGUGUGUCACGGAAGCAAGUUUUCCAUGUUGGCUAAUCGGUUUAAAGAGUCAUACAGAGCUCUGCGAUGCCCGGCCUGUAAUGAAAACGGGCAGCAGCCCUGCCAGAUUUGUGUUUAG